CCUGCCGCCGUGGCAGGUGUAUCGGAGGCGGUGAUCGCUCUCUUGAGCCCCGAGAUCUCUUAUUCUCGGGGUAAGGCCUGUUUCGGACGAGCUUGUCCACUUCCUUGGCUAUGGCUACCGUGCUCGAGCUGAACCUUAAAGUUCGUGGUUUCCCUGAUCUUGUCGACAUCACCAUCGAUGAAAUCGCAACCUACCUCGAAAGCGGCACCUUCACCUCCGUAGACCUCACGACGGCCUACCUCGCCCGUAUCAACGAGGUCAACCCUAUCCUGCACGCCGUCAUCCAGAUCAACCCAGAUGCCAUCGCAAUCGCCGCCGCUCUCGAUGAAGAGCGCAAGAUGAAUGGUACCCGUGGUCCUCUUCACGGUGUUCCGAUUUUAAUCAAGGACAAUAUCGCCACUGCGGAUAAGAUGAACACCACUGCUGGUUCCUUCGCUUUGGCAAAUGCUAAGGUUCCUCGGGACUCGACCAUGGCUGCGAACCUGAGGAAAGCUGGUGCGGUGAUCCUCGGCAAGACCAAUCUCAGUCAAUGGGCGAACUACAGGAGUAGUAACAGCUCUAAUGGAUGGUCCGCAGUUGGCGGACAAGUGUACGCUGCCUAUGUCCCCAUGCAAGAUCCCAGCGGAAGUUCAUCCGGCUCUGGAGUCUCGAGUAGUAUCGGCUUAGCCCUCGCUGCGUUGGGAACGGAGACGAGUGGGAGUAUCCUGUCGCCUUCGCAGAGGAAUAACUUGGUGGGGAUUAAGCCGACGGUUGGAUUGACGUCACGGGCACUUGUUGUGCCUAUUUCUGAGCAUCAGGAUACGAUUGGUCCCAUGGCGAGGACGGUGAAGGAUGCGGCGCAUAUUCUUUCGGCUAUUGCGGGGAAGGACCAGUAUGAUAACUAUACCUCGGCUAUCCCCUUCGAUACUAUUCCCGAUUAUGCUGCCAACCUUUCAACUUGUGGCUUGAAAGGUGCGAAGAUUGGUAUCCCUCGCAAUGCCAUCAGUUACACCGCCAACAACACUAAUGCCCCCGUCGUCACUGCCUUCAACUCGUCUGUUCAAAUCCUCUCCUCCCUCGGGGCGGAGAUCUUCGAUAACGCAAACUUCCCCGCCUAUGCCGAGCUCCGGAACUCCACCAACUCCACUAUAGUCCUCAACCUUGACUUCGAGACGGACUUGGCGAAUUACUUCUCCGAACUCUCCUACAACCCUCAGGAUGUGCACGACCUCGCCGAUCUCGCAAACUACACCAUCAAUGAUCCCCGCGAGGACUACCCAGACAGGAACAUCUACACGUGGCAACAAGCCCUCAACCGCACCGCCUACGGUAACACCUCACCCGAGUUCUGGGCCGCAUACCAAGCGAACCUCUAUCUCGGCGGUUCCGGCGGAAUAGACGGCGCUUUGGAAAGCAUGGGCGUUGAAGGCGGUCUCGACGCCUUGAUCCUCCCUACCGAUUUCGCCGCCGGCAUCGCCGCAAUCGUCGGUUACCCCGUCGUCACCGUCCCCCUCGGUUUCUACCCCCAAGGCACGAACGUCACGUACAACUCCCGCGGUGAUCUGGUGGCGAUUGCGCCUAACGUGCCGUUUGGACUCGCGUUUUUGGGAAGGCCGUUUAGUGAGCAGAAGUUGAUUCAGUACGCGUAUGCGUUUGAGCAGGCGACGUUGGUGAGGAAGAAAGGUCCGAAGCCGUAUAUUGUGCCGAAUGUGGAGGUUAUGGAUGGGGUACAGAAAUAA